AUGUCGCGGAUGAUCAACCAGCCCUCGAACCAGAUCAAGCUGACCAACGUGUCGAUGGUCCGCUUGAAGAAGGGCAAGAAGCGCUUCGAGAUCGCGUGCUACAAGAACAAAGUCAUGGAGUGGCGGUCCGGGAUCGAGACAGACCUCGACAACGUGCUGCAGAUCCCCAACGUGUUUUUGAAUGUCUCCAAGGGCCAGACGGCGCCCAAGGAGGACCUGGAAAAGGCGUUUGGAAAGGGCAAGAGCACGGACGACAUUGUGCUCGAGAUUUUGAAAAAGGGCGAGAUGCAGGUCGGUGGCAAGGAGAGGGCGGAGCAGACGGAACGGGUGCAUAAUGAGGUUAUUGGCAUCGUGGCGAGCCGGCUUGUGGAUCCGAGGACGAAGAGGGUGUAUACGACGGGGAUGAUUGAGAAGGCGCUGGACAUGUUGAGCUCUGCGGCGCACGGGGACGGGGACGACGCGCCUGGUGGUGGUGGUGGUGGUGGUGGUGGUAAGAAGGGCGGUGCCGGCGCCGGCGGAGGAUCGAAGACGGCGAGCGGCGCGGGGACGCCGGCGGGCGGCGAGGAGGGCGAGGCGAAGCCCCGGGAGAAGGGCUUCCAUUGGACGGGCGUGACGACGACAAAAUCGGCCAAGUCACAGGCGCUGGAGGCGAUGAAGGCGCUGAUUGCAGCGCAGCCGAUUCCCGUGCAGAGGGCGCGGAUGAGGUUGCGGGUGACGUGCGCGACGAGCGUGCUGAAGCAGGCCGUCAAGGAGAAGCCCGCUGCCGGUGGUGGCAAGAAGGGAGGCGGAGGAGGAGGAGGAGGAGACGAAGAGGGUGAUGAGCAGAAGCAGAAGCCCGGCACGGUCAAGGAUCGGAUCCUGGGGUUCGUGGAGCAGGUUGAGAGCCAGGAUGUGCUGGGGAGCGAGUGGGAGGUUGUCGGGUUCGUGGAGCCCGGCGCGUUCAAAGGGCUGGGUGAUUUCAUUGCGGGAGAGACGAGGGGCAUGGGCAGGGUCGAGGUUUUGGAUAUGGCUGUUAUCCAUGAGGAUUAA